AGGGAGGAAGGCGAGAGGGAAAGGAGAAAGGCAUCCUCGUCCUCACUGAUGCUGAGUCACAUAACGGGAUCCCAGAGCUGUACCCCGAGAGUCUUUGGGAAUAAUGGAGGAGUUGGAGCACACCUGCCCCCAUCCUCGGACGACUCUGACAGAGCCCGCCAUAUUUGCCAAGGAGACCAGCUGUGACUGCAGAGCCCCCCAUGAGCGCCUCACCAUCAAGCAGGCCUGCAGAGGAACCCCUGUGGACAGGCCGGUCAGGGUGUACGCCGAUGGCAUCUUCGAUCUGUUCCACUCGGGUCAUGCCCGCGCUCUCAUGCAGGCCAAGAACCUCUUCCCCAACACGUACCUGAUCGUAGGGGUGUGCAGCGACGAGCUCACGCACAAGUACAAGGGCUUCACGGUGAUGGACGAGUCGGAACGCUACGAGGCGCUACGGCACUGCCGCUACGUCGACGAGGUGGUGAGAGACGCGCCCUGGACCCUCAGCCACGACUUCCUCCACAAACACAAGAUUGACUUCGUGGCCCACGACGACAUCCCGUACUCCUCAGCCGGCAGUGAGGACGUCUAUAAACAUAUCAAGGAGGCGGGCAUGUUCGUGCCCACCCAACGCACCGAGGGCAUCUCGACCUCUGACCUCAUCACCCGCAUCGUAAGGGACUACGACGUCUACGCCCGACGCAACCUCCAGCGUGGCUACACCGCCAAAGAGCUCAACGUCAGCUACAUCAACGAGAAGAAGUACCGGCUGCAGAAUCAGGUGGACCGCAUGAAGGAGAAGGUGCGCACCGUGGAGGAGAAGAGCAAGCACUUCGUGUACCGCGUGGAGGAGAAGAGCCACGACCUCAUCCAGAAGUGGGAGGAGAAGUCCCGCGAAUUCAUCGGUAACUUCCUAGAGCUCUUCGGGCCCGACGGGACAUGGAAACAGGUGUUCCAGGAGCGGAGUGGUCGCAUGAUCUCCUACGCCCUGUCGCCGCGCGGCUCGCCCUGCAGCAGCCCCCCGCGGGAACACUCGCCCCUGCGCUCCCCGUCGCCGCCGUCCCCCUCGGCCCGCUGGCACAGCGCCCGCCCCUCCCCGCCGCCCUCCCCAAAGGGGGCGUCGGCCUCCAUCAGUAGCAUGAGCGUGCGAAGGGGGGACGGAGGAUGGAAGUAG